AUGAUUUCAUCCAAUGGAUUUAAUCUAGUAAUUAUUGAUAUAUUGAUUGGUUGUUUAUUUGUCGAAUGGAUGUGGUUUAAUUUGUUCAAUAAUGUUCUACAUUAUCGUUGUUCAUUAGUUGAUUUUCUUGCACAUAAUCUUCAUAUUGAACAAGAUAAUCUUGUUGAAAAAUUACGACCAAAACAUCAACGUUUUCUUAUCAAUUUAUAUACAAUUACAAAUAUAAUGGCUAAUUGUUUUUAUCUAAUGGUUAUUAUGGCUUUGAUCAUUGUAUUUAUAAUCUAUACAAUGUUAAUGAUUUAUUUAUCAUGUAUGUUGGGACAAAUAUUUCUUUCAAUCAAUUUUCUUGUAAUUUUAAUUGAAUUUUGUCGUAUACGAAUGAAACGAUUAUAUAAUUUAUCAAAAAUCAUCGAAUCAAAUAAUCAACGAUCAAUACGUUUUAGUCGAUCAUUAUGGAAACGUUUUGUAAAUGAUUAUUGUGAAUUAUUUCAUGAUAUAUCACGAUUAAAUCAAACUGUUCGUAUUACAUUAUUUAAUUUAGAAAUGAUAUCCAAAUCAUCAAUUAUGACAGCAUUUGUAUUCUAUAUUCAACAAACCGAUAUGAAAAUAGCAAAUAUAACAAUAAUAUUAGCAUUAAUAUCAGCAUUUACAUAUACAACUUGUCUUUAUUCACGUGUUUCAAUCAUACCAUCAUAUAAUCAAUGUUGUGUACGAUUAUUUUAUAAUUUAUUUGCACGUUUACAAUGUUCAAAUCAAAUGACCAAAUCGAUUAAAGAAAUUACGAACAAAAAUUAUCGACAUAUAAUACGUAAAAAUCUAUUCCUACAAACAAUGUCGAUCAAUCGUUUUGCGUUGUAA